GAAAGCAAUUAAGCGGCCCCCAUCAUACGUCCGCAGUCUUGCGUAGAGAUAUGCAGUCUGAUACCGUUCGAGGACUCUGUUUCCCUGCUACUACACCCGACACCCGGGAUUUACACUACAAGUCAACAUCUCUUCAUCCGCGAUGCUUCGUCCGCUCCCUGCUCCCUGACCCUCUCCGCGUACCUUCAUUCUAGCUGCCUGCUUCCCCUCGUCUUACACCGACUGGCCGAGGCGCGCCCCCUUCACAACGUGAACCCCGAACGCGUAUCCAUCCCACGCCAACCGACUCUGCUUGUCGUGCAGCAUGCGUGGUCCCCUCAGCCAAGAGCGCAGCGCAUCCUCCCGUCAUGCCUGCCCUCUCCCUGGACUUAGCACUACAAGUUUGCAUCUCUUCACCCGCUCCCCGACCCUUGACCCUCCCCGCGUGCCUUGUUCCUCUUCUUCUCCCGCGUACCUUCAUGCUCGCUGUCGUCUCCCCUUACACUGACCAAGACCCUGGCGUAGUCCUCAGCUUACGCUCACCAUCCCCGAUCCUCUCAACCAAGAGCGCAGCCCUCUCAUCAUGCCUGCCCUCCAACAUCUCUCAGCAUCUCUUCAUCCGCGAUGCAUCCUUCCCCUCGACUCUCCCUCUACAACUUAGCAUCUCUUCAUCUUACUCCCCGAGCCCCGACCCUCCCCUGCGUACCUUGUUCCUCCUCUUCUCCCGCGUACCUCCAUGCUCCCACAGUCUGCUUCCCUUCCUCUUGCGUGCGCCACCCUCGACGCGGGUAUCUAUUCCACACCGACUGACCCUGCGUGACACGCAGCAUCCGCGGUCUCCUCGCAGCGCACCCUCCCGUCAUGCCUGCCCUCCAACGUCUCGUAAAAUAAUAUUAUAUUCGAUCCCCCCCACCCUCCCAUCACAUAUCAAUGAUAUCGACGGUUUCUUGGGCGGCAGGCAUUUCGACACAGCCAGCAGCCUAUACUUGUUAUUCAUGGAUGGUAUACUUAUAGUGUACGAAUGCCCGCGUUACGGGCAACAAAACACCGGUGAUGGGAUUAUAUUGUACAUUGUAUUGGAUUGUAUUGCGUCCUCUCCGAGUCGGCAAUCUACAUAGCAUCGCUACAUGUCGACCCCUCAAAGGCUGACUAUCACCCUCCCUCCAAAAUUACUGGCAGUUCUCGUAUAGCGCAGCGUUUAUCCAACACAUCUUUCUCCCUGCCCUUGUCCCUCGUACCUCUCAAAGGUCUCGUGCGUCCUGCUUCUUUCGUUUCCUUUGUUCCUUUCAUGUCCCUUCCCUUUCUCUACAUUGAAUAACAGUCCAGGCCCUUUAGUUUCUCCCUUCCUUUCUUACGGCGGGCAUUUAAGUUCAACGUAGCAUCCCUCCCCUUUGUCUCGGCAACGACUCCCAUUAU